AAUCGGCAAUUAGCAAUUAGAUCCAAGGGCUCAGGAAAGGACUGUUAUUGGGUGAAAAAGCUCUCCCCAUCCAAAUUGGAAACUCCGCCGGAGUCCUUGACGGAGGGAGAGAAUGGCGUCGUGGAAUUCAUUUCCGCUCGAAAUCACUUACGAAACCUUUGGAUGGAUCGCCUUCUUUUCUUGGUCCAUCAGUUUCUAUCCUCAAGUUAUCUUGAAUUUCCGUCGGAAAAGCGUGGUGGGUUUGAACUUCGAUUUCGUUCUGUUGAAUUUGACCAAGCAUUCAUCUUAUUUGAUUUACAACGCUUCUCUUUACUUCAGCUCUGCUAUUCAGGAGCAGUAUUUCGACAAGUAUGGCUACGGAGAGAUGAUACCUGUAGCUGCAAAUGACGUUGCCUUUUCAAUUCAUGCUGUUCUGUUGACAGCAAUUACAUUGUUCCAAAUCGUAAUCUAUGAUCACGGUAAUCAAAAGGUCUCCAAGAUUUCUGUAGCAAUUGUUUGUGCUGUGUGGAUAGUUGCAGCUAUUUGUUUUUUCAUUGCUUUGCCUAAACACUCUUGGCUGUGGUUGAUCUCAAUCUUCAACUCAAUUCAAGUUUUUAUGACAGUCAUCAAGUAUAUUCCCCAGGCAGUAAUGAACUUCAUGAGAAAGAGCACUGAUGGGUUCAGCAUCGGAAACAUCUUGCUUGAUUUUCUUGGAGGCGUGACAAAUUAUGCCCAAAUGGCUGUUCAGUCUAUAGACCAAAAUUCUUGGGUGAACUUCUAUGGCAACAUAGGGAAGACCUUGCUAUCUUUGGUCUCUGUAUUCUUUGACCUCCUUUUCAUGUGUCAACAUUUUAUAUUAUAUCCUGCCAAGAAAGCGCACAUCUCUCUCAAGCCGAAUAAAGCUGGGGCUGAGCCGCUUAUUAAGUCUGCCGAUGAUCCACCAUCAGAAAAUGUGUAAGGCUUAGCGUGGCUGAAAAAACUAGAAAGAAAUGUAUAAAUUUGUGUAAGAAAGCGACCAUUUGAUGCUGUUUCUUCUCAUGUAUAUGACUCUGGUACGAGAAUCAAAUGCAUCUGUAAGCAUUGUAUUACAAGUAGCUGAAAUAUAAGUUUGAUGCUGUUUGUUCUCAUGUAUAUGACUGUUGUACAAGAAUCGAAUGCAUCUGUAAGCAUAGUUGCUGAAAGAUAAAGGUUUGUAUCAA